UUAAGUGAGUUAUACUACUAAACCCUAAACCCUCAACGUUCAUCUUCUCCAGUUGAAGUAGAAUUCUCGGCCACCACUGUCCGAGAAGGAGCGAGGAAGAUGGUGAAGUCGUACCUGCGGUACGAGGCGGCGGCGUCGUUCGGGGUGAUAGUGUCGGUGGAUUGUAAUAUUACGUACGACAGCUCCGGCAAGCACCUGUUGGCGGGUGCUUUAGAGAAGCUUGCUGUGUGGCACGUGCGUCAGGGAAUUUGCACCAAGACGCUAUCUCCCUCCGCUUCCUCCUCCUCUCGCGGCCCCUCCCUGGCCGUCACCUCUAUCGCCUCCUCUUCGUCUUCUCUUAUUGCAAGUGGCUAUGCUGAUGGUACUGUGAGAAUAUGGGAUAGUGAGAAGGGAACAUGUGAUACCACUUUGAAUGGACAUAGAGGUGCUGUGACGAUCCUUCGGUACAACAAGCUUGGAUCUUUGCUUGCUUCUGGAAGCAAAGACUGUGACAUCAUUUUAUGGGAUGUAAUUGGUGAAGCUGGGCUCUUCCGCCUUCGAGGGCACCGAGACCAGGUUACGGACCUCGUGUUCCUGGAUUCCAGUAAAAAAUUGGUUAGUUCAUCAAAGGACAAGUUUUUGAGGGUUUGGGAUCUUGAAACCCAACACUGUGUACAGAUUGUCAGUGGUCAUCAUAGCGAAAUUUGGUCAAUUGAUGUUAACCCUGAUGAAAGAUAUCUAGUGUCUGGGUCAGCAGACCCCGAGCUCAGAUUUUACUCAAUUAACAAUGAUUUGGCUGAUGAAAAACAGGCAGAUAGAGUUGAAUCUCAAGUUGACAGCGGAACUGCCUCGAGCAAAUGGGAAGUUCUGAAGCAUUUUGGUGAUAUACAACGUCAGAGCAAGGAUAGAGUUUCUACGGUGCGUUUCAGCAAUUCUGGAAAUUUGCUGGCUUGUCAGGUUGCUGGGACAACAGUGGAGAUGUUUCGGGUAUUGGAUGAGAAUGAAGCUAGACGUAAAGCGAAAAGAAGAAUCAACCGGAAGGAGAAAAAAGCAUCUAAAGGAAAAGCUGAUACCACCGAAAAUGGGAAUAGGAAUGUCGAAGUUGAAGAGCUUGGUGAGUUAUUUAUUACAGUCCCUGAUGUUUUUAAGCCUCUGCAGAUUCUACGAGCUAAGAAGAAGAUAUGCUCUAUGUCGUUCUGUCCUAUAACUCCAAAGAGUUCUCUGGCAACCUUUGCAUUGUCUUUAAACAAUAAUUUAUUAGAAAUAUAUUCAAUUGAGAGCACUUCGGCUACAAAGACAAGCGCCAUUGAGCUACAGGGACAUCGUUCCGAUGUGAGAAGUGUCACUCUUAGCUCAGAUAAUUCUCUUUUGAUGUCAACAAGCCACAGCACAAUUAAAAUAUGGAAUCCCAGCACUGGAUCUUGCCUCCGAACUAUUGAUUCAGGAUAUGGAUUAUGCGGCCUCUUUGUCCCUGGUAACAAGUAUGCAAUUGUUGGCACAAAAAGUGGGACGCUGGAAAUCAUUGAUGUCCGGAGUGGCACUUGUGUGGAAGUAGUUGAAGCUCAUGGUGGCUCUGUACAGUCUAUUGCUGCAACAGCAGAUGGUUUUGUAACAGGGAGUGCAGACCAGGAUGUUAAAUUUUGGGAGUACCAAACUGCGCAGAAACCUGGUCAAGAUACAAAACAUCUGACAGUAUCUCCAGUGAGGAAUCUGAAAAUGAAUGAUGAUGUUGUAGUGGUUGCUGUCAGCCCAGAGGGGAAACACAUUGCUAUUGCCUUGUUGGACUGCACAGUGAAGGUUUUCUUCAUGGACUCGCUUAAGUUUUUCCUCUCCUUGUAUGGACAUAAGCUGCCUGUAUUAUGCAUGGACAUAUCUUCUGAUGGGGAUCUGAUUGUUACUGGCUCCGCUGAUAAAAAUUUGAAAAUUUGGGGUCUAGAUUUUGGUGACUGCCAUAAAUCCCUUUUUGCUCAUGCUGAUAGUGUCAUGGCAGUUAAGUUUGUGGGGAAUACCCAUUACAUGUUUAGUGUGGGGAAAGACCGCCUAGUGAAAUACUGGGAUGCAGACAAGUUUGAAUUGCUUUUAACCCUUGAAGGUCAUCAUUCUGAAGUCUGGUGCCUUGCAGUCAGCAAUCGUGGUGACUUUCUAGUAACAGGAUCUCAUGAUAGAUCUAUUCGCCGUUGGGAUCGUACUGAAGAGCCUUUUUUUAUUGAGGAAGAGAAAGAAAAAAGGCUGGAGGAGAUGUUUGAAUCUGACCUUGACAAUGUAUUUGAGAACAAGUAUGCACCCAAGGAGGAACUUCCAGAGGAGGGUGCUGUGGCCUUAGCAGGGAAGAAAACUGGAGAAACGGUGACUGCAGCCGAUUCUAUUAUGGAUGCACUAGAUAUAGCAGAAGAAGAACUGAAGCGCAUAGCUGAACACAAGGAGGAGAAAUCAAAAGGGAAAGUUGGUGAUUUCAGGCCAAACAUUCUUAUGCUUGGUCUUUCUCCAUCUGAUUAUGUUCUACGUGCAGUUUCAAGUGUUCAUACCAACGAUUUGGAGCAAGCAUUGCUAGCACUGCCGUUCUCAGAUUCCUUAAGGAUUUUGUCUUAUUUGAAAGAUUGGGUUGCUUUCCCUGAUAAGAUCGAGCUUGUCUGCCGUGUUGCCACUGUGUUGCUGCAGAUCCACCAUAACCAGCUAACCUCUACGGUUUCUGCCAGACCUGUCUUAUCUCUUCUUAAAGACGUCUUGCAUGCGAGGGUUAAGGAGUGCAAGGAUACCUUGGGCUUCAACUUAGCAGCAAUGGACCAUCUAAAGGAAUUGAUGGCUGCAAAGUCUGAUGCACCAUUUCGAGAUGCAAAAACUAAAUUAUUGGAGAUACGUGCACGGUAUGCUCAACAUUCUGAAGGAAGGAUGCAAACAAAAGAAGAUAGGAGGAAAAAGAAGAAGCAGAAGAAGCUAGAUAAUGGGCAUGUUUGGUCGUAACUCUGCAGAUACUCUGUAUUGUCGCAACAUGGUUCAAGUGUCCAGGACAGGAAGAAAAAGUCCCAUUUCCUGCCACUGUCCCAGCUGUGGCUGCAGUAUAUAGCCAAGUUUUGUUAGUUGAGCACAAAAUUUUGUGACAAGUAGGGGUAAGAUUGCUUGGAUGUUGUUGUAAAUAGAUCUUUAAGGUACAAACAGGUCAUUUAUUGCAGCUUUAAGGUCAAUACAACAUGCUAAUAUUUGGAGCUAGGAAAAAAUUGUCAAUUUCUGGCAUUUUUGGCAGAAGCUUAAAUUGCUAAUGCAACCUUAUUGGUUGAUUCAGGUUUU